AUAAAAGGAUGCUCCCGAACUAACCCGAAUUCCCGUGUCCCGAAAAGGAUAUCUCAUUCCGCCUACCUCCUCGUCGUUUCCACUACUGGAGUGCAUCGCCGUAAAGGUCAUUACCACCGCACCGUCGGAACCGGGUGCGUGCGACACUCCGAGUUUCACUUGCCCACCGACCGUCGUUAAACACGCAUCCGCGACCCGAGCCGGUGAAUCCGUUUUAGUCAACGGAAGUGUUCAAACCAGAAAGUGUUCUUCAGGCUACAUCAUGUUUGACCUGUUCCCAUCCAAGAAAUCGGCACCGGUGGCGACGGUAGCCCCGAUGCAGGGCUACAAGAUUACCGAUGUGGAACGGAGCCGGAAGUUCGGUGUGGCUGCCAAUUCGUUUCGCAUGCUCCGGGAAAAGGCGUCGGAAAAAUUCAAGAUAGCCGAUUGUCGGGUGUAUCUCGCCCAGGACGGCACAGAAGUCACCGACGAGGAGUACUUCCAAACGCUACCACCUCAGACGUUGCUUGUUAUUGCGGACAAGGAUGCAAUCAUACAGACAGACUUUGAGCUCAUGUACGGUGCAAUCAAGGCUACGCACUCGGAUCUGCUGAACGCCGGAGAGCUGGCGAAACAGUUCGUGAGCAACAAUCAGCCGGAAAUCUCGAAGAUCUUGAUUGACGCUCAACGUGGACGAGAUGAUCUGAUACGCCGCAGUUCGCGGAACGAACACGAACAGUGGUUCGAAGGUAUCGAUGAUCGUGCGGUUAAGACGAAGGAAGAGGUGAUGAAACGACGUGGCCAGGACCGGGUUCGAGGAUAUUUUUACAAAGCAAAAGACGAACUCACAAAAUGUGCAAUGUACCGGGCGAAUCCGGUUGCUCGUGAACUGAUCGACGAAAUGAUCGAGCUCUUCCGACAGCUGCUGGCGGGAUUUGAUUACUUUAGCUGCAUGUUUGAUCGUACCUGCCAACGGCGCAUGACUGUGCCAGAAGAAACCAUCGGGGACGCUAAAGAUGAUGUGGCGGAUGAGACGGAUGCGAAGCGAAUUCCGCCGAAACGAUUAAAGCUGCUGGUUCAGCGUUCCCUAGGGAGUAGUUGCCGGAUCGACCAGUACAAUGCGGCACUGUGUAGCGUUCGCGGUGACUUUCGAUGCAUGGGAUUGUGGGACGAUGUGCGAUGUCGGUACGACAGCCACCGUAUCAAUCCGUAUGCGAACCGGGAAGCCCUGAUACUGUUUCAGGUAUGGAAUCUUGAUCACCAGAUCGAGAUUAGUCGCACCGUGCUGCCCUCGAUACUGACAAAUAUAGGGCGCAUGGUGUCUGCUGAGGGUGAAGUGGCAAUCUGUAAGCGUCACAAGCGUAAGGGAAAGCAACUGUCUGUGAUAACGUACUUCUUGGAACUAUUCACACUUCACAAUCUGAAGCUAGUACACAUCGUUUGUCAUGACAAAGGUGCGCACGAUCUGGUAUCGCGUGGUACCAUCAUCUGCGAUCGCUGCGAAGAGUAUCAGUACAUCAAGCAAUUCCAGCGUAAGCUGCAAUCGUCGUGCAAAGAUGAUUUACCAUAGGGAAUGGUGUUUAGCCAUCCCGAUGAUCUCAUAAGCGUAUAGCGUGUAGGUGAGACUAAGCCAUUGCUUUAGCAAAACUAUUCCAACAAUAAAUGGCACAUCUAAUGUGCUUUCAAUGUGUU